AUGACAGCUACUUUUGUAGAUUAAAUCAACUUUGAAUUUAUCUCGAUAGCAAUCAGUAACACAACCAAACACAGAAUUAUUAGAAUCAAUGAGGAUAAUUUUGUAGUAGAUCCCAUACUAACCUUACCAAUAAAUACUGCAUGCUAUUUUGAAUCAAAUGCUAAAAGUUACAAAUUAUAAGGGUAACUUAAUAAUUUUCUGAAAUAACAUGAGGAAUUUAAGGAAGUAUUUCUAAUAUUUGAUGAUGAACUCGAUAAUUAAGUACAUAGGGCAGCAGACAGAAUCAUAGCUGAAAAUUUAGGCAUAAACAAUUUCAUAAAGGGUUAUGAAUAAUUUAUAUCUAAUAGAAAUCAAAAUUCUAUAAAUAGUUAAUUGUAAAUGUAUUUUGGAGUUUAAUCAAUCUCAUCAAUUAAAAUUAGCAUUACUAAGAAUUUGAUUAAUAAAAUUGAAUUUAUUUUUGCUCCACUCAAACAUGAGGGGGAAACCUUAAUUAAACUUAAAGAUCAAACACUCUAAGUGUACUCUCUUUUGGGGGAAAAUAACAUUAUUUAUCCUGAAAUAGAUGAAGUUUCAUUUUUCUUUUAUAAUCUGAUCAUAAACUUUAGAGAUCAUCAUUUGGAGUCGUAAAUUACCAAUGAUAAUCAAAUCCAAAUUAAUUUUAAGAGAUAACCUGAUUUAGAGUUUAUAUAUGCAUUUGUAGAUAUCACAUUGAUUGCCUAAUACAUCCAUAAACUUGUAUGUAUUAUUGAUAAAGAAAAUGAAAUCAAAGCAAUAAAUAUAUAGCAUACUGAUGAAAUAACAACUAAUAACAAAUAUUCAUUAUAUUCAUUUGUAGAUGAUAUGAUAAUAUUUAAUUAUUGCAAGUACUAUGAAUUUAUGUUUUCAAAUUUCAUAUUGGAUUAUUUAAAUAGAAAAUAAAUCAAUUAAAUAUAUAAGAUAAAUUAGAACAUCACUUAUUCUGGGCCACAAAUACUUGAAACUAAAUUAGAUUUGACUUCUAGAGCAAUAUUCUCUGGCUUGAACUAAACCGAUUAGGUAGAAUUGCUAUCAAUAAUUGAUAUGAAUAUGACAAUUCACAAUUAAGAUAAAGCAAAUCCAUUAGAAUUUAAAGAAUUGAUAUUAAUACCAAAAGUAGAUGGUUUUUAUAUCAACUUAUUCUACAUCAAAAGUUUCCAACAUCCAGCACUUGCCAAAUAUAAUAAUCAAAGAUAAAGUCAAUAUUAAGUAGGAGAUGAGGUCCACUUUUUGCUGCAUCCAAUCAACUCUUCACUUUCCCUAGAUCAAUAAUUAUAAAAAUUGUAGGUAAAGUUGAGUUUAGGACAAAUGGAACAAAAAAAAUAUAAUCUUAGUCAACUAUUAUUUUAGACUUCUGAUUUGGAGCAUUUAAUUGCAAAUUGUUUAUUUUUGAGUAAUAAUUUUGUGCUUGUAACAAUCAAAAGUGACUCUCGAUUGAAAAUUAAUAUUUAUUCUACUUCAUCAAUUACAUUGUCUUAAUAAAAUUAUUAAUUUUCAAGGCAAUUAAAUUUUGAGUAUUUGAUUUCUACUGCUUAAGAUUUAGAAAAGACUAUACACGUUUCAGUAACACAUGAUGAAAAGACGGUAAAAGUGAAACUUGAAAAAGAUGAUCAUACAACAUAUGGCAAAGGUCAUAAGUAGUUGAUGGAAAUUCUAUUGAAAGAGGCGAAGAGAAAUAAGAAGGAAAUUUAUUAGUCAGUGGAAUCUACAACUCAUUCUUCGAAAUUGUAAAGUGGAAACACAAUAAACAUGCUUAGUAAUUAAGAUAUAGCUGUAGCUACAAGAGCAGGAGUACUGAGGAAAGAUUAUAUUGAGUUUAGAGAUUCAAAUUGCAAUUUAGUUGAAUAAUUUACUUGCGGGAAGGUUAGCUUUGUUCAUUCGAUAUUCAAUCAAAUUCAAUAUGUGCCAGAGAAGGAAAGAGCAGAGGAAGGAUUGAAUUUGAUUUGGAUUCCUACUUUCAAAGGAAUUUACCAUUUGUUCAUAGACAAUGUGAAAAUUGAGGGUCGUUUUAUUAUUCUUGCAAAUGUGCCUGAUUUAGAAAUCUCAGUAAUAGAAAUAUAAAGUAAAUUUGAGGUGAUACCAUUUUGCGAGACAAUAUUAAUCUAAUUUUAUUUGAAAGAUAAAUUUGAAAAUUGCUAUGGAGACACAGAAAAUCAAAUAUAUUCCGAAUCAAAUUGCGAUAUCAAGCAAGUAUCAGGUAGUCAAUCAAUAUCAAAUUUGACUUUCUAUAAUCUAACAAAAGAUGGUAAUUUGAAUGUUAAUCUUACAUUUGAUCCUAUUGAUCUUUUCGUCUUUAAUGAUACUGCUGAAGUUGAAUUUUUCAUAAAUAAUUAAUUAAAGACAAGUCAAAUAUGGAAUCUCUCAGGUUUAGGGUUAAAUAAAAGGAUAUAACGCUUUCAAGAAGUCAUUAAUUAAGUUUGGAAACCGACAAGUUAUAACUUGAAUAUAAGUCGAGUAAAUUUCUUGGAAGAUCUAUUAGAAUUGGCUGAGAAGAAGCUCAACUAUCAAUUUAGCAUCAAAUUUUAGAAUGAAGCAGGUAUUGAUGCUGGAGGGUUAAAGAGAGAGUUUUAUGACAUGAUUGGAAAUGUUCUCAAGGAUGAAAAAUUUAAAUUCUUCUCCCCUGUUUCUUCGGAUCAAAAUAAAUACUUUUUGCAUCAGAAAUUCAAUAAACAAAAGAAUAAGGAACGAUAUGCAUUACUAUUUGGAAAAUUAAUUGCUAAUUCAAUAUGCAAUUCUUAUCUCAUAGGAAUUGAUAUCAUUGCCCCCUUCUGGAAGGUUGUAUUUAAUGAGAGAAUUGUGUUUAAUGACCUCAAUCUUAUUUGGGAUUUGGAUACCUACAAUAAUUAUGAGAAAUUGAAGACCAUGAGCGAAGAAGAACUAAAGUCUGUUUGUCUUUUGUUCACAUAUUCUUCAGACAACACUGAAACAGAAUUGAUUGCCGAAGGAUCUAAAAUACAUGUUACUUAGGAAAAUUUAGAGUUAUAUCUUAAUAAAACUGCAGAGUAUGUGAUCCAUAAACAGUUUGACAAAAUCUAUAAAUCUUUUAUUGAAGGAUUUUAAUCUGUUUUAGACAUAUCAGUAUCAUAUUGUGAAUAUCAUCUAUGCAUUUGCUAAAAAUGGUUGAUGAAUGCAGAGAUGUUUCACUUUACUUAAGGGUUUUUAGAAAUCAGUUCUGAUGUUCUGCUUCAGAAAUUCACCUUUAGUGGAGGAAAACCAUAACAUAAAUCAUACUUUGAGAACUAUGUUAAUUAAGCUGAUACUGAGACAUUGAAGAAUAUGUUGAAAUUCAUAACAGGUAAUCAAUAUGAUAAUAGUCUAGGAUCAUCUUCUAUUCCAUUUGAUCAAAGUUCUUACGUGAUUAGUGUCAAAUUUGAUUUAGGACUCUCUGAUCGAAAGCUGCCACUUAGUCACACUUGUUUCAAGUCCAUAGAAGUGCCUCUUUAUAAAAGCUUUGCUGAACUCAAAUAGAAAUUUGACAUUGCAUUUACUAUUGGAUGUGAAGGAUACGGAUUUGGUUGA